CCCCAUUGCGCGCCGCAAGGCCAGACCAGGUACAUGCAACCCUCCACUGUACAGCUGCCACUGCUACGCCAUCCGGAAAGCGCGCCAAAUACUCCCACGUCCGCCCGCCGCUCUCGACCAUCGACACUGCAUGCGCCAGCACCCACAUGCGUGACAGCCGCCGUUGACAUCGAAGUGGGAUGGGGCGCAACGCGCGCAAGCGUAUCUCAUACGUCUUGCCUCUUGCGAAUUCCGCAGGCGGCCAUCGUCUAGGCGUCAAUGGAUUGGCUGUAGAUCCUUACAACUCGAUACUCUAUUCCGGCGGCAGAGACGGUGUUAUAUGUGCCUGGGACACCAACCUCGACCUCGCUCCGCCCGACCACAAGGAGUGGCACGGCUCGCUCGAUGAUGCCUCGUCCAAGCCGGCCGCCCCGCCGACCGUCUUCCGCCAGCAGGUCCAGGCGCAUACCCACUGGAUCAACGACAUCGCUCUCGCCCAGAACAACGAAGCCCUCGUCUCUGCCUCGUCCGACCUGUCCGUCAAGGUCUGGAGACCCGCCGCUCAAGACGUCAUUCCGCCCCAGACGCUCGGUCUCCACAGCGACUAUGUCAAGUGCCUGGCCUCGCCGAGCCCAUACGCAAAUUGGGUUGCGUCGGGCGGCCUGGAUCGCAAGAUAAACUUAUGGGACUUAAACGGCGCGGGGAAGAAGAUGGAGAUCGUGGUCGGCGACGAAGGCGGACUUGCCGCCAAAGGCUCGGUCUAUGCGCUGGCGGCUACCGAUUUCAUCGUCGCGGGUGGGGGCCCUGAGAGCGUGGUCCGUCUAUGGGACUCGCGGUCCGGCAAGCGCAUCACCAAGUUCGUGGGCCAUACGGACAAUAUUAGGGACAUUUUGAUUGCGGAUGAAGGCGAUACCAUUAUGACGGCAUCUUCUGAUCAGACCGUCAAGGUUUGGUCGUUAAUUGCUGGCAGGUGCAUGUACACCUUGACGAUGCACAACGAUAGCGUCUGGUCGUUGUACUCGGAUCACCCACAACUGUCCGUCUUCUACUCGAGUGAUCGGUCAGGUCUCGUCGCGAAGACGGACGUGAGAGGUUGCAUAGAGAUGGACGAAGGUCUGUCAGUAGCGGUAUGCCAUGAGCACGGAGGCGUAACCAAGGUCGUCGGUGCCGGUGAGCACGUUUGGACGGCGACUUCGAGCUCAAGCAUCAACCGCUGGAAAGAUGUGAACACUGAGGCUGAUGUCCAGCCGCCCGAUUGGAAACACCAUCGCAUGAGCACUGCCACGAGCCGCACGGCACGGCUGCCAUCUCCAACACAGCCCGGCAGUCCGCCUCCACCGAUUGGUGCUCAAAAAGAACAGAUACCCCGAAAUGCUUUGCUUCGUGUUUCGAAUGCUGCGUCUUUUCAUCUUUUCCAUAACCGUGAGGAGACUUCGACUUUGCACUCUUCAGCCAUCAGUAUGAGAAAGCCUUCGGAAGUCCUAGGAGAGGGCACUGCCAAUAAUAUAGUGCCCAUAAGGCACUCGCCAGAGCACACCAUAGAAGGGCAACACGGCCUUAUCAAGCACGUCAUGUUGAAUGAUCGCAGGAGAGUACUAACACUAGAUACGGCCGGUGAAGCAAUGCUAUGGGAUCUCAUUCAGUGUGUUCCCAUCAAGUCUUUCGGCAAGCGCCAUCUGGAAGACGUUCUCCCUGAGGUCAACACUAUGGAGACAGUGGCGCAUUGGUGCGCAGUCGAUACCAGGACUGGUAGCUUGACUUGCGUACUUGAAGAGAAGCACUGCUUCGAUGCCGAAAUGUAUGCAGAUGAACUGCAACUCGAGGAACCUGUUGAGUUCAGGGAUGACCAGCGAAUAAACCUUGGCAAGUGGAUAUUGCGUUACCUUUUCGCAAACCUCAUCGAUGAAGAAAUCAAGAGAGACGAGGAAUUUAGACAGGGACUCUUUCAGGAAAAAAGCUCGAGCGUCCAACGUAACAAUGCACCAAACAAUAUACAGAUACCCCAGAUUGAAAUGAAUGGAUGGAAGGAAGGCUCCGCCCCUCCAUCCGCCUCAACCAUCCGGCCGCCCAAUGGCGCACACCUUCCCGCAACUACUCCAGGAUUGGCUAUUGGCGUUGCUACCCCUUCAGGCAUGCCUCCAGGGAGCAGCGCGCAAUUCAACACUCUCCCCACGACGGUCGAAGAAGGUGGGCAGUUGGAAAAGACUAAUACGCAGCUUAGUCGCGAGAGGGGAUCCUUGGAAAAAGGCGAUUACUUUUCCACGAAUCCACCGCCGCCGUCAACGGCCAAUGGCCAGCAAGAUGACGGACCAUUGAACUCGCCGUCGGAGCCGGAAAAGGUCAAAGACAAGGACGCCAGCUUCGGGCGCAAGUUCAAGAUGUCGUUUGGCAUGCGGAAACACAGCCGCACACAGAUCACGGAAGCAGCGGCCAACAAGCCCGCCGCCGUCGACGAGACACCUGAGGACUCGGACUCGCGGUCGUCGCGGACCGAAGACCGCGUCGUCGAAGACAACCUCCUCGGCGUGAUCCAGAAGCUCCGCCACCGGUACGAAGACGAAGUAGCCGAGGGCGCGCGCAGCCUCACGUCGAGCCUAACGCCCAGCCUGGCGAACGAGACGCCGGUGCUCAAGCCGCCGCCAAGCACCACGAUCCUGAUCCAAGAGGACCGGCCAGACUCGGGCGGGGUAGCCGACCUGUUCGAGGGCACGGUAGCGAGUCUGGGGCAGCAGGCGUCGCUGAUAGAGCGCGUGGCGCCCAUGUGGCUGGGCGAGACGCUGCUGCGCAACAACCCGCCGCUGAAGGACAUUGUCAAGGUGUCGUUUGUGCUGGAGCCGUGGGAGGGCGGCCUCCCGGCCAUCGCGCACGACGGCAACAACCGCCUCAAUGCUAACCGCAUGCUGCGCGCGCGCAAGAUCAUGGCGUACGUGGCUGAGCGCAUCGAGCCAUUGCCGGAGACGCCUGAGCCCGACGCGCCUAAGCCCGAGGAGUAUUUGGAGUUGUUGUGUAAUGGCCAGCUCAUCCCCCCCACAAUGACGCUCGCGACAAUGCGCGCCCACGUCUGGCGCGGCGCCGGCGACGUGCUGCUCCUGUACCGCGCGAACGGGCGCAAGGAGAUACGGCCCGCGAAGCCGCCGACGCCGGAGCCGCCCGAGGGGGCUGGCAGCGCGGCGGCUGCGGCGGCGUUUGCGGCCAAUGUCGCUGCUAGUGCGGGUGCGAGCGCUGAUACCGGAGCGGGUGCUGAGGGGGAGGGCGCGUGAGGAGCUUUUUGAGCUGAGUUGAGUUGAGUUGAGUUGGUUGGUUGUCUGGUGGGUGGGCUGUGAUGGGUUGUGAUGGGUUGGGAUUGCGAGACUUGGUCUUGGUUGUAUAGAGAAGAGGCGUGUUGUGUGCCCGUGGUUUGGAUUCGGGUUAGGCGCCGAGCCGAGCCUCGUUGGUUGCUGGCUGUGUAUAGGAGGCGUGGUGGCGGGAAUGUGGAAUGUACAGUGCUGUUUUUGGACAUUGUGGUGUGGAUGUGUAGAUAUUGUGUGCGUAUGUGUUUGUGUUUGUCUCUACUUACCGAGGACUUUACUUUCUUGCAUAUACAUACCUAUAGACAGACGUCGUGCGGU